AUGCUGAUGCUGCUGCAUAGGCUCCAUCACUACAUCCCUCCCUCGGAGAGAAUGGAAAAAACAAGGAGUGGUUAUGUGAUUCCCCACACAGGAGAAGCGCACAGGAGAGAAAGGAAUAGCGGAGGGGAGGGGGGGCGUUUCCCUGCACAGCAUAGCCUAUUCUCACACUUAAGCGUGGAUACAAUGUAUGGCAAAUGGAGCGGCUUCUUCAGGGGAUGCAGAGAGAGACAGUCAAGAAAAGCAGUGUCAGUGAUGUGGACAAUGAAGGUGGUUGGCCUGGCGUUGGUGGCCAUUCCUCUCAGUGUGGAGUUACUUGGGUGGUUUUUGCAUCACCGUAGGACUAAAAAACCUCUGAGUGAGGUCCUCUUCUUCCCCUCAGAGUUGGCCUGUCUGGAGCACAUCUUCACCCCUUCUUUACUUUGUUCCUGUUACUGCCCCUUGCCUCAUGGUGUUGAGACUUCUUUCUCUCGUCUCCUCCGCCACCUCCUGUCUGCAUCAUCAUCAUUGGAUGUGUGUGUUUUUGCCUUUUCCAACAUGGACCUGAGCAGGGCCGUGGUAGCGCUUCAUAAAAGAGGAGUCACCAUCCGGGUGCUCACUGAUAAUGACUACAGUGCCAUCCUGGGCUCCCAGGUAGGGAUCCUCCGCAAGGCAGGAAUCUGUGUACGGUGUGAUGCAGACUCUGGCUACAUGCAUCACAAGUUUGCAGUGGUGGACAGUCAACUGCUCAUCACUGGCUCCCUCAACUGGACGAUAACAGCAGUGCAGGGUAAUAUGGAGAACGUCGUCAUCACCCAGGAUCCAGACCUGGUGAGACCCUUCAUCAAGGAGUUUCACCGGUUGUGGCUGCUUAAUGACCCAGACAGAAAACGAUCAAACAAGCAAAAACCUGCUCAUGUUACAGCCGGAGCCCAUGACUAAUCAGUUAUGACAAAUACUGAGUUAGAGGUCUGUGAAAUAUGACUUACCCAUGUGAAAUCUGUUUAGUCAGUUACAAAAUGGCUAAAUAUUUGACAUGAAUCCUGUGUUGGUUUUCUUCUUUAGCUUUAGAAAACAGUUAAUGUGAAAAUCUCACGUCAUGGGAAUUUGUGAGUAGUAAAGGUAUUUUCUGGUUUAUAUUUAAUUACAUUAACCUGUUUUCAUUUGUGAGUCUCAGGACUAAGUCUGCAGUUACAGGUUGUGUUUGGAUUUUAUUUUAUCUUUGAAGUUCUGAGUGUUAAAACAGACCUGAUUAGGAUGUGAUCCAAAGCAAAGGUCUGGUCUAGUUCUAAAGAUAGGACCUGUUUUUUGUUGUGCAAGUACAGACUGAUAUGAUUAUAAAUGCUUGAAAGUUCUCCACUGGACUUGUUUCUAUGUGGUCAUUACAUCAGUCAUCAAUCUCUUAUUAUACAUCCUGCAAUGUAGAACAAAAAAUAGGGAACACAGGCAAGAUAGGAUAUUGUGUUUCAUGUCUUUUGAAAUUAUUCCUCAUUUUACGUUGUUGAUGUGAAAUUUGGUUGAAUCUCACUUGUUGUAAAGUGUUUAGGGUGUGCUUCUUUGGUCUUUGUGGCCAUAUAUUUUAACAAACACCAAUAAAACCUCUUUCACUGCA